AGGAAGUGUUGGUCGCGGAGUGCUCGGGGAUCUGUUUCUGCGAUGGGAAGGCGAGCGGAUCCCGGGGUCUCUGUUGUUUGAGAUGUGGAGAUGGAGAACGAAGACCCUGGCUUACCUUGUAAAGGGGAGAUGGAGCUCCCUGACCAGAAAUGUGGGCUGGAUCCUAUAGACAGAAAUGGGGAUGAGUCCUGUUCUGUCUCAGAGAAGCAGGAGGAGGUACAUGCUGCCCCAAAUAAUGGACCCAUGAGUGUGGUAAUUGACAAAGUGAACGGGCAGGAGGAGCUGAGAGAGGCCCCGGAAGAACUGAGUGACAAAGAUGUGUCUGACUCAACCUCAACUGACAACACUUGGGAAGAUUCGAGUGAGUUUCACCGACAAAUGGUGAUAGGAGAUGGACCAUCAGGAGAAGAGGAGGCAGUGAUACAGUCACGCCUGGCUACAUACCGAGAUGAAGACGUGACUGCAGAGAGUUGGCGGGCACACAGGAAACAUGUCUUCAUUUUAAGUGAGGCUGGGAAACCCAUUUAUUCACGUUACGGCAAUGAAGAAGCCCUUAGUUCCACCAUGGGUGUCAUGAUGGCACUGGUGUCAUUCAUCCAAAGUGGGGAUAACUCUAUUCGCUCCAUUUAUUCUGAUGAUCACAAACUGGUUUUUGUGCAGCAGGGCCCUUUGGUACUGGUUUCAGUUUCACAUACCCUACAAUCAGAGCAGCAACUACGCCAGGAGCUUUUGUAUGUCUACGAUCAGAUCAUCAGCAUGCUUACUCAGGCCAGCAUCAAUCGGAUCUUUGAACGGAAAAAGAACUAUGACCUCCGGCGUUUGUUGACCGGCUCGGAGAAGAUCCUUGACCGUUUGCUGAACCUGGUUGAAUCAGAUCCUUGUUUCCUCCUUGGAGCUGUCCGCUGUUUACCCCUUGCUGCCUCCAUCCGGGAUUCCCUUGGCACUUUGCUCCAAAAAGCCAUCACCCCUAAUCUGGUCUUCUCUAUUUUGGUGGCUGGUAGUCAGUUGGUCACCACAGUGCAGGAGAAAACAGUCAUUGAAGAUUGCCGAUUAGAACCUACUGACUUGCACCUGUUACUCAAUCUCAUUGGGGCAACUUCUGCCUUUCAAACGGGGGAAAUUUGGACACCUAUUUGUUUGCCACGUUUCAAUCCUGAUUGUUACUUUUAUGCUUAUAUUUCUUAUUUGGAUUCAGAAUGUACUGUCUGCCUCAUCCUUCUCUCUACGGACAAGGACUCUUUCUAUUCUGUUUCGGACUGCAAGAAACGCAUUGAGGAAGGCAUGAGGACUCAGAACUAUCUGCAGGCACUCUCAAGUGGCUUAAAGAGCCCAUCCUAUAGUGUAGGACUGGUGGGAGUGCCAGAUCUUCGGCACUUUAUGUAUAAACCUCUGGAUAUACCAGAUAAUUACCGACAGCUUCCCCAGUUCACCAGUCCAGAACUGGAGGGGCCAUAUUGCAAUGAGAAUGAACGGCAUCGACUCUUUGACCUCUACCACUACCUUCACGAUCGCAUCCACAGUACCUCACGUCCUUUACGUCUCAUCUACCAUGUAGCUGAAAAGGAGACUUUAUUGGCUUGGGUUACAAGUAAAUUUGAAUUAUAUACCUGUUUCAAUCCUUUGGUGACGAAAGCUGGUGCCAUCAAUGUCUUGACCAAACUCUUACGUUGGAUAAAGAAGGAAGAAGACCGGCUCUUCAUCCGUUACCCACCCAAGUAUUCCACUACACCUAAUCCUGGGAAAGGAAGCAGGGGUCCCCGAACGGAUGGUACCGAGAAUGGCUUCUUUGGAGGAGGUCACUAGACCAAGGACUUCCAGUUGCUCUCAAAUGCAUUCUGAAUGCGUGCCACCUUACAGAUAGCCCUGGAUGAUGGAACCGUUCUGUGAUCUGGGGGAGCCCCUAGUCUUGUUUUCUAAACCAGGACAGGAUGGUGGAUAUGAGAAGGAUCGGAGUUUACCAGGCUAAGCUGGGUCACAUUGUUGGAGAUAAAUCCAGAAAGCUUUAGCCUGAUGUUUUUAAAUAUUUUUUCCACUUGUGGUCUUUAUUUCUAGGGAGAUACUGAAUCAGAUGGAGAUCCUGAGAUUGACUGGAAAUAGAUGAGGCUUUGGCUGAUAUAUCUUUGGAAGUGACAUAAUAACUGGAAGUUACAGAAUUUCAUAAGGAUUGUGCUUAAAUUACAUUGAUGCUUUUGCAGCCUAGUGGGUUUACAUUUCUUAAAACUCCUGUUAUCACUGGGUAAUUGCUUUGUUUUCUCCAUUCAGUUUCCUCUUCCUCCUUAGCAGUUUACUCGGGUGCUUUGCUUGUCUCAAAGAAUAGUACAAAUGGGGUAAUAAUAUAAAGAGAGCCACAGUGGGAGACAAAAAGUUAAUCUUAAAAAAGUUUGAAAAUACUUGCUGCUUUCUGAUACAACUGCUUGAUUGUCCACAGUUCUUCUGGAAUGCGUGUGCAAAGCCCAUCACAAUGGUGGUGAUUUAUUGGAAGGCUGGCACUUUCAGACAGUGUGUAAUUUAGAUUUUCUAUAAAGAUAGCUGAUUUGAAUAAUUUUAAUGCAACUUUGGGAGUAGGUCAAAAUGCCCAGUUCCAAAGAGUCUUUUAUCCUGGGACUAUCUAGCAGUAUUUUUGAUGAACAUACAUGUCGCAUCUUCAUGUUGUACUAUAAUUACCCUUUGAAUGAGAGGGGCUGCUUCAGCCCUUUGUUCUGAUACCACGAGAAGGUAUAUAAUGUGUGAUAUAAUGUGGUAUAUAAUAUGUGAAGGGUAUUUUGUAGUCCUUUGAGAAAUUUGAUGUCUGUAUGUAAUGGCUCAACUUGGACAAUGUAAUUGAUUAUGAUGGCAUUUUGAUUUACUUUUUAAUGUCUUCAGUUUGAACCUAACUGGAUUUAACUGUUCCUUUGCCUUUCAUAACUUUCUUCCUGUCUUCCUUCCUCUUCCUCUUCUUCUGUUUCUUCAUGUUUUAAAAUUCCUAUGUGCAAUUGGAAUACACUGCUCUCAAAAGGAUUUUUGUAUUUUUUUCCCUUUGUUGAGAUGCCACUGUUCUCUUUUCCCACCUCAUAAUUAGGAAGACACGUAACUCCAUCAUAAAUUUACUUUUAGAUUUAGUACUGACAAAUAUCACUCCAUGUCUGCCAAAUUCAGAUUUUGUCUGAAUGUAAGUGUUCUCGGAAAGUGACAUUGAAGUAACAGUAACAGAGUUGGAAGGGACCUUGGAGGUCAUCUAGUCCAACCCCCCUGCUCACACAGGAGACCUAUAGGGAUUCGAACCGCUGACCUUUCUGAUCUACAAGCUCAGCGUCUUAGCCACUAAGCCACCUAGGGAGCUGCCACAUCACUGACAAGCAGUUGUAUUAUUUCCCUUCCUCAGCAGUUGCUGCUCUGCCAUGCAAAAUAUGUUCUGUAUAAAUUAGUUGCUCUUUUACUGAGUCUUUUUGUGUUUCUAUUCAUAUUUGUUAAAAUUAAGGCUUAGGUGUGGGAAUAUAAUCCUAUCCCUGUAUCAUAUCUUAUGAUGAAGGAGGGGAGAGAGAGUAUGUGUGUGCAUAGUGAGGGAAGACUUAAUUUAACCUGCGAUUCCUGUAUAAGUGGGAUGGUAGUUUUGGACCGAGUAUAAAAUGGAUUUGACCUUCUUUGCCAACCAUGAAAGAAGUGAAGGAAUUAUGUUAUUUUGAAUCUGUUGCUAUUCAAUUCCUUUUGGUGAUGCAUGGUUGUUUUUGGCUGGCAUUUUUUUCUACCCAUAAAAGAACAGCGCUGCUUGUAUGCACUGGCUGGCUGAUGCUAAAAGUUUAUAUUUCUAGCUGAGCUGAUACAGUGAGAACUGGAGACAUCUGAUGACAUGCCAACAAAAUCCGUUUUAAAAUCAGCUCCAUCUUGGCAUGUGUCUCUUCCUUUUUCCAUCUGCCGGCACAUUUUGUAAAAAAGCUAUCUUUAAUUUGUAAAGAUUAGCUGCAUUAUUUGUUUCAGGGAUCCUUUGUGCCAAUGUUGCAAGUACCAAGGCAGUUUCUUCACAUUGUUAAAAUAGGUCUACUUUAAUUGUAUGCAGUCUAGUCAUCAGUUAAUUUAUUUAUACCUAUAUCAAAUCUGGAUAUAAGGAAAAAAGCAAUUACUGUAAAAAAAGAACAUUUUAAACAUGUAUUUCUUACCAAGGCAAACUCUUAAAAAUGGUAUUCUUCUUACUUAGAAGGGGAAGAGCUUUGACAGUUGCUGUGUUCUGUAAGUACUUGUAGGGUAAAGUCCUUGUAUUUUUGUACAAGUACUUCUAUAUGUAGUUAAAAAAGGAACUCAUUUAAUUGGGAGCACUUAUUUAAUCUAUGCAAAUGAUUUUAAUUAAUUUAUUUAAUUAACUAGCAUUGAAGAUGUGCAAAAAGUUGAUUAACAACAUUUUAAUGGGGCUACUUGUUUUUAAUGUAAUUUGAUUGGUAAUUCAUUUCUUAAAGAAACAGCUUUUUUAUCUGGAAGAAAUAUCUUAUUAGAUGUAAGAAACAUACAACUUUUUUUUCUAAAUCCAAUGUUUUAAAAUUUACCUGCAGACUGCACUCAACUGAUAACCAACGGCAUACAAAAUAUUGAAGAGAUCCUACAAGUAGAAAUUUAAAAGUUACAUCUUUUUACUCUCCUCUAAAGUUUAAAGAGAGGUAAACUGUAGCUUCUAAAUAAUAUUUUUCUCUUUAACAAUUGGGGAAGAAAAAAAAUCUGAAACACUUGACAAAAAAGAUAAUGCUAUUGUCAGGAGGCUUUCUACGUGAUUUUUUCCCCUUUAUUUUUAUUUUUUUUACUUUUUUUUCUUUGUCCCUCUAUUUUGUGCCUGUCCUGCAGUUUGUUCCUUGGUUCCUGCAGUUGAUUUUGAGCCUUUUGGGCUCAAAAACUAUUCUGUCCUAUGCAGAUUAGCUGGCAUUAGUGAGUUAUGUGUAGUCUUACAACAUAUAUUUCACUGAGAUGUUAAUUUAUUUACUUUUAAAUUAUUAUUUUAUUUAUAAACCUUUUUAGAUAAAUAAUCUUUGGAGAAGAUGUCCAGGUGGGCUAUCAACACUAAUUUGAGAAUAUUAGUUUUCAGGAUGAAUAGCAACAAAAGAAAAUUGGUCAAAAUUGUAUGGGACAAGGCUGAGGUAUAAUGCUGUUUAUCUUUUCUCCACUACUAACUUAAAGUGCUAUCUAUUGUUCUUGAGUUGUCAAAAAAAAAAAAAAAAACUAUACUAGAUGAAUAUUGUUGCUUUCUGUUGCUGAUUCUUCCUUUGCUGUGUGUAUUCGGGGUCAUUGACAAAUGAUGCUGACUAAAUUAUACAUAUAAAGGUAAAGGUUUCCCUUGUCCAGUCAUGUCCGACUCUAGGGAGUGAUGCUCAUCUAAAGCUGAGGGAGCCAGCGUUGUCCAAAGUCACUUCUGUGAUCAUGUGGCCAAAAUGACUAUAUGCAGAGGUGCAUGGAAUUCUAUUACCUUCCUACUAAAGCGGUGCCUAUUUAUCUGCUCGCAUUUGCAUGCUUUUGAACUGCUAGGAUUGCAGGAGUUGGGACAAGUAAUGGGAGCUCACCCAUUGCGUGGCACUUGGGUCUCGAACCUAGGCUGUCAUCUUUUCCAAGUGACAAGCUCAUUAACUUUAACCGCUGAGCCACUGCACCCUCAAAUUAUACUUAUAGCAUUAAUAUCUAAAAGAACAUAUUGUAUGGCACUGUGGGAGAUAGGUCUGACUAUGGGAUCCUGUCCACCUUCCUUUGAGUCCUCUUCCUAUACCCUAUUUUGACAUGACACUUUGAAUAAACUUAAAAGAAAAAUAGAUUGGACUCACAAAGGAAGUUGUGUCAUAAACAGCAGGAUUUCUCUCCCCUUCUCAUGUUUCCUUUAUGUAAAAUAAAUGCUGACUUCCAGAUUCCUUUGUGGUCUGCUUGAGAAGCAACUGGGAAGGUGAAAUUGAUCUUGUCAUUUUAGAGUUGCUCCAUUUUAGUGAUAUAUCUCUUCUUCCAGCUUGGUUUUAUUAAUACUGCUUCAUCCUUCUGCUUCUUCAGCCUUACUUUAGAGCAGUUUAAAUAUUUACAGUAUUGAGCUGUGUACCCAGCUUUUUAGAGUUGAUGGCAAAAUAGUGACAAAUGAAGAUGAUCAAGGAUUAGAAGAGAGGGAGCAUGCUGUAUCCCCUAGAAUUCACCAACAAAUGCCACUCUGGUCCCACUCACACUGAUCACCUGAUGGAUCUUUCCCUGUUGCACCUAAGCAUGAAAUAAACAUGCCAUUUUUGUGGGGUCCCCAUAGUAUUGCCUUCAUCUCAUCCUCAAUUCAUGCUGAGGAAAGUUUUACUCAUUUUUAGCUGUAGUGUUAAAGCCUAUUUUUUCCUUAAACUGACAACAUCCAAAAGCUGCUGCAAUGGGUAUAAAAUUGGUCAUUUUUUUUGCCUCCCAUUAUAUUGGAGAUGAAGUAGGUUUUGAACUCCAUUUUUAACAUUUAUUCACCACUUUUGCUGAAUCUGUUGCCUUGUCUGGAAUAGGGAGAGCACAACAUUGUUAACAUUGCUGAAUGCUGCAGUUUAGAACUACACCAAACCUGGAAUAGAUAUAUUGGAUUGCAGGGGUGGGAUGCCUUUCAGCUGUUAUUGACCCAUUGCAAUUUACACCAGUUUGGACUGUUUCUGCAUGUCUCCCUUUCUCCAAUGAGUGUGAAUGUAACUUAUUAUUAUUUUGGAUCUCUUCCAAAAGAAUUGGCUCCUUUUUGUUUUUCCCCCUUUGUCAGAAAGCCUGUCAGCAGUUAUCCUGCACCUGCAGAAUAAAUUAUGUUUCACAUUACCAGUAGAAGAAUGUUGUAUUAUAUAUAUGUAAAUUAUGUAUAAUUUUUCAUUACUGUACUUUGGAAACUGGAAGCAGACAAGGCAAUUGUAUUUAAAUCUAGACAAAAUCAAAAAGUAAUGCUUGGCAAGCUUUGUGGUGUGAAAGACUUGAGUCCACUUGAGUAACUUAAAACAAACAUGGACAAAGUUUUACUACCUAGAGCAGUGGUUCUCAACCUGUGGGUCGGGACCCCUUUGGGGGUCAAACGACCCUUUCACAGGGGUCGCCUAAGACCAUCGGAAAACACAUAUCUUCAAUGGUUUUAGGAAUAAUUUUAUGGUUGGGGGUCACCACAACAUGAGGAACUGUAUUAAAGGGUCGCAGCAUUAGGAAGGUUGAGACCCACUGACCUAGAGCUAUAUUUUUACUUUUAUCUUUUUCAGCCACUGAGGGCCACACCAUGAGUAGUGAUCUGGUUAAUCUUCCAGGAGGGGAUUGAGCCAUAAAUUUUGUUUUUUUAAAAAGUGGCCUUGGUAUUUCUUUUAUGCAAAAUAAUGUGUUUUAUGUGUCCCCUCUGCUGAAAUUGCAUUGUUAUUAAAUUGUGAUAGCACUGUGGAGUGGAGAGUGGUUGGGGGCUAGCUGCAAAAAUGGAUCUGAGGACCACCUGUGCAUCCUGACUCAAUACAUUUGGCUCAUUCUCUUCAUUUAGCUUGAGGUACUACUGAAUUUGAAUAUUUAGGGACCGGUAGUAAUUUUUACUUUUAGAAUAAACUAUGAUUUUUUUCAUAUAUAUAUAAAUUAUUCAGGUUUUUGGAAUGGUAAAGGUAGGCCACAAUAAUGUCUGUUUAUAUAGGAUUUCGGACAGUAUAGAUAUUUUCAGUGGCCAUCUGCAAGGUCAAGGAAAAUCAUGUACAGAUAUUCUUCAACUUAUGACCAUUCAUUUAAUGAUAGUUUGAAGUUAUGAUUGCUUCAGAAGAAGUGACUUAUGACCUAUCCUUGAAGUUACAACCAUUGUACUACCACCACAGUUGUGUGAUUGCAAUUCAGGCACCUGGCAACUGACUUGCAUUUACAAUGGUUGCAACAUCUUGUGGUCACAUGGACUGCAAUUAGCAACCUUCGCAGUCGGAUUCUGACAAACAGAGUUAAUUGAGGAAGCCGGAUUUGCUUAACAACCAUGUGAUUCAUUUAAUGACUGUGAUUUGCUUAAUGACCAAUUGAAGAAUAUAUAUGUAGCUCAGGAAUGAACUGUGGAGACCUUGGUGCUCUCUGAGUUUGGUUGGUUUUUUUGCAGACAUUUCAUUACCUGACUAGGUAACAUCUUCAGUGCUAGAAGGGAGCUGGGUUUGCUUUUUGUUUAUAUACGGUAGCUUGUCCACAGGGGCAAUGUUUGCAAGAAAACAACCAAGCUCAGAGAGCAUCAAGGGCUCUACAGCUUAACAACCAUAGUAAAAAAUGAUUGUAAAAUUGGAUCUAGUCAUAUGAUGACUCACUUUAUAACCACAGUGGCUUCUGACAGAAAUUCUGGUCCCAACUGUGAUUGUAUGUUGAGGAUUACCUGUAUGCUUCAUUGUCUCUUCUCUCACUCCAUGUUAUUUAUCAAAUGUUUUUCAUGGAGCUGGUGUUGACCAAUAAAACUGUAACCUUGUGCUGUGCCAGAAGCAUUUCCAUCCAAGAAACUUGUAAACUUCCUAGAGUCAAGAAUGUAAGAUGAAUUGCUAAAUUAAAUUAAAUUCAGUUCAGUUAAAAUAGUGCAUCAUGUAUUGUAAAAUUCUGUAUUCUGGAAGACUUGAUAAAGCCUAGAAUAAUUUAAGAAGCAGAAAUUCAAGUGGGCUUUAUUUACUAUGGAUAAAGCAGGUCCUACAAACCAAUUUCUUCUGAGCUGGGAGGGAUUGACUUGAUCAUUUAACAAUGUCAUCUUUCCUUUUUGGUGCUAAAUGAAGAGUAAUCCCUACUUUGUUAUUAAUUGAAACAGCUCUUUAUUUUCCAGAAAUAUGCGUUUGACUUUUAUUUUUUGAACUUGAAAAAUGUAAUUUUCUGUCAUAUCAUGUUUUCAGUGUUUUAUUUGCUUUUCUUCCACUUUUUCCCUUCUCCACAUUUUACCAGUAUUCUGUUAAGACACAGCAUUUCUUUGGUCCUCUGCAGUUGUAUAACCUGCCCUAGGAUCUUACAUUAGUUAUGUAAUAGGACUGUUACACUUGACCAUUAUUUUAUUUCCCCCUUUUUGCUGCUUUUGUACAUUAUAGAAAACUUGAUGGAGUGUUGUAAGCAAAUUAGCCCCAUCAGAGUAUUUCUCUUUGGCAGAAUCUCUGAGGUCUUGAAGGAAGAACUGAGCUCUUGUAAAUAAAAUAAUAAAACUAUGUCAACAGCUGCACUUGAAGGAGCCUAAUAAAAUAUUGUAGACUUAAAGUGUG